AUGGGCUACCUAGAAACAAAGGAUUGGACAAUUGUGUCUUUUGAAGUGGGACGAAAGACCUUACGCGAAUGGCGAGAAGACCAAUCAAGAAGAAGCGAAGAGGUUGUCGAGCUUUGGGAACAUGUGUUGAGUAGAAGUCCUUCAUCACUGGGAGAUGAAGUUUGGAUGAUCUACGAGCAGGUCUGCAUAGCGGCAUUGGAUUGUGCUAGAUACGAUCUAGCUAUGGAAUGCAUUCAGGAAUUGGAUAAGCGUUUUCCCCGAAGUAACCGCGUACUCAAGCUUCAGGCAAUGCGAUAUGAAGCCCUUGAACAAUAUUCAAACGCCGUUUCAUUGUAUGACAAAUUACUCGAAGCGGAUUCUACAAAUAAUUCGUAUCGAAAGCGCAAAGUGAGUAUUUUGAUGGCCCAAGGCAAGCGUUUGGAAGCAAUUAAAGAACUAAAUGAAUACCUGAAAGUAACCACUCAAUGCGCUGUAUUCUCGUCUUCGGGAGCUGCAAUUGCUGAGAAAAUAGCCGAACGUUACGACGAACUGACUGGCAUCAACCCAGAAGGUCCACGACUUGCUGAUUUGGUUCGCACGAUUGGGAAACAAAUGGAUGGACUAGAGGAGCGUCUAUCGGAAGUCGAACGAGUGCUGGGAAUAUCCGAACUUUCUGAGGUUAGUGCUGCGGACCUCGAUGUUGAAUCUCUGCGAAAGUCCCUGCUUUCGAAAGGAGACUCACAAGUGUUCAAGAUAAAAAUGGAAGAUCUCCAGAAGUUGAAAUCCACAAUGACAGAGCCGAAUAUGAAGCCUUUGGAUGAAAAAUUGAAUACUAUACAAUUCUAUGAAGACUUGAUAAGAAAACAUAUUUCUUUACUUGAAGAAUGGGAUGCUAAUAUCCAGCCAGUACAAGACUCUGAAGCGAUUCGUACAUCAGAACAACACUCUGCUGCUCUUGAUUUGAACGAAGGAUUUGAACGAAUCGCUGGUAACGUAUCAGAGGGAAGUUCUAGAGUUGAUGAUUUUCUACGAAGAUUUCAAAAAACUCAUGAAUACAUUGAAUCAAAGAGU